UUUUCCUUAAAGAAGAAAACGAACGGCUUCAAUCGAUGAUAAAAUUUCAGCAAGAACAACUGUCUGAUAAGGAUAUUAAAAUUCAAGAACUUCACGCUGCUAAUGUAGAAUUACGCCUUGAAAUCGAUGAUCUUCAAUUGAAAAAUUUAAAAAUUAUUUGA